AUGUGGAUAUGGCUGUUGUUAGAGCCACGGCGCAUAGGUUUAUUGCUUCGACAUUUGUGCAUAGCUGUUGCUAUGAUGCCUUGCUUCGCCGAUGCCCCUGAAAUUAGUCUGUUGUGUGUACGAUGGACCGGACCAAUGACCAUGUACUUCAAAGCUUUGAUAGCCACUUUAAUGCUAUACACUUCUAAUGCUGCAUCCGUUGUAUCCCCUUGUUCCGUGAUGCUCUGCUGCCAGUCAGCAGCCAACCGACAGCAAGAUACGAAGCCGGAUCAGAAUUUGGCGCCAGUAGAAGCCUUUGUCUUUUACACCGAUGUGGAGUGA